CACGAACGAACCGACGACGGCUCUUUCCUCCUACCUUCUUCCCCCUGUUGCAAGCUUCCUCUGUUCUUCUCAUCCAUUGUGUAAUUCCUCUGUAAUCACUACUCUAUAUUGCUACUCGUGAGAGAGAUCGAUCUAUACAAGCUAGCUACCAUCACCUCUCUUACAUCUGGUAUCAGAGACCAGCCACCACUCCUUCCCUAUGCGUUUCGCCAAGCUCGUCGGCAUCGGGCAGCCAUGGAUCCAUGGAUGCAGGCGUAUCUCGAGCGGAUCGACACCAUGCUCGAUGCCUACACAGACGCCACCAGGUCCCUCACCGAGAAAGUGGACGCUCUGGUCGUCGUCUGGCGGCCAGACCUGGAGAAGAGGUCCUCCCACACCGCCGUCGUCCACGGUCCACCGGCGCCGACCUCGGCGCUCGAGACCACUACUGAGGCGUCUGAACCCGUCCCUAACAUCUACUACUCCACCACCAAGGCCCAGGAGAUCCCCACGGUCGCCCAUGAUGCAACUCCGAUAUGCAUUCCGAUGGUGCCUGUCACCUGUUCGACGGAUUGCCCGACCCAGAUCGACGCCAUCGACAGCGCCGACGAAGUCCAUGACGCCGCCAGCGUCGCAACAGAGGUUCGCAACACUACAACCGCACUCGGCCCCGAGCUCGCGGUCGACCUCUGCAACACCUGUGGUCACUAUGGCAAGUUCGACGGCCUCAACAUCCCCGUGAAGGCCAGCAUCAGCCCGCCGCCCCACGUCCAGGAUGCAUUCCCAAAUUCCACAAUCAGCAAUUGUCGUGCCGAUGUUGCCGGGACGGACGAGUACGCACUCGUGGAGGCCACUCCAGACGUCGCCAUUGAGCUUGCCAUCCUCCCAGGCGUCUCCUCCUUCAUGAACAAACUAUUCUGGAAGCAUGACAUGGACGUCUCGCCGCCCACAAGGCACAAAGGGCUGCCAAUACGGCCGACACCAUGGCCGUCAUUUUUGGUGCAUCAUAGUGCAAAGGGGAACGAGAUUCGACCCACUCCGUGGCUAUCGUUUUCUUGCUCUCAUGAAGAUUGGAUCUUUCAGUACUACAGAGGAACAAUGCAAGCACAAAACAUUCGAGCAAGAAUAUCUGAAAGUGCGUCAUCUACCGUCCUUGGUUCAAAAGGUCUAGACAAAAGGCUCCAACAUCAUGCCAUACUACUAAAGCUUGCUCCUGAUCCAUGAGUGUUUUACUAAGAUCGUUGUCGAUCCUGCAAAAGUAUUUAUACUUAAAUUUGGCAUAAAUGUGUUCCUUGCAUUACCUCUGAUCCAUCUGACGCCAGCUGCAAUAGAGCAGUGCUAUCCAGACGACAUUAUUUGGACGAUUUGCAGCCGACGAUUGAAUCCAGCCGUGCAAUCUUGUUCACGGCAGAGCAACGGCCGGUGGAUUCUUUAAUCGUGCACAGAUCGUCCAAAAGUUUAUCGUGUGUGAAGCAGUUUCGGCUGCAAUAUUUGGACCAAAGUACCCCUUGCUAAAAACAGUAGUAUGCAGAUCGUGCUCUACUUGAAGACAAAACGAUGAUUAAUAUAUAUAAAUGAUGCUAUGGAUACAUGAUACAAUUAGAUUAUCUAUAACGAAUAAACCAGCACCAUCCUUACCAACUUCAUGCUUUACUCUCAGCAUGGUAACUACAACGAUGGUACACGCCUCAACACUUAUCGGCCAAGUGGUUUGAUUAUUGUCACUAACUAAUUUCUGAACUUAUCUGUAUACUAACUGUUUGAAGUAAGCACUAAAAAGUACAUGCUGCUCAUGUUCAGGGAGAUGACGUACUUUAGAGAACCCAUACAUAACAGACAAAGUUUCAAAACGUACAAGAAGUCCAAACAUCAUGGAUAAAAUUAGAAUCCAAGAUUCUUGUCUCGUGCACACAUUCAUCUACAACCACGAGCUGCAGUUCACUUAAUUAUGAAGUAUGAACUAACUCAUCAAGGACUCAGUUAAGCAUCAGCAGGAGUAAGACAGAGGAGGUGGAAAUGCGCUCGGAUGGAAGCAAAUCAGAGCAGAGCACGACGUACUGUCCACAUGUUUGUCGACAUGGUGGCAUUGCGCUCCUGAGGAUCCGGUGCAGCUCUGGAGCGAGAGCGCCGACAUGGGGUGUGACCUCCAUGCGGUCUGGUGAUGGCAGGUGGGCAGUGGGCAUGCCCGCAGGGUGUGCGGCCUCCAGACAGUCGCAAGUACGGCGAACGAGCACGCUUGAAGAGGUUGCGGCUUCCGCGAUUCAUUGACGGUGAGCUAGUAGUACUGGCAGCGGUAGUGGCCACCACGCGGCACGGGUGACAGCGAGCGAGCAGGGCAUCAGACACAGAGCGUGAUGGACAGAAAGAAAGACACAGGAAGGGAGAGGGAU